UGACAAGCAACGUCGGCCGUGAGCAGCGAGCAAAAGUGGAGGAAGACGGGGGCCGGAUCACCUCGUGAUGGGGCUGAUGUCAUUCCAGGUCGCACUGCAACAGCAGCAGUUUCGGUCUGCGUCGGCGAGCUCUCACGGAGGCAUCGGUGGGUCCGGCCGUAUGCCGGCCUUUAUCUCUUUAUGAAGCACCGGUGGCCCGAGGCUCGCCCCAGAAAGCGGGGUCGACUACGAGCAAAGACGGCAUGCUACCUCGAGUGCUCGACUCUUCUGCGAACUAAAGCAAGCACCUUGGCAAACACGCAGGUCACUGGUCGAGCAGAAAAGAAGAUGGGCUGGUGGCCUUGCCUACAUGGGCUAGAGCUGGACGGGAGGAGGAUGCAGCGGCCACCUCCGCGCCCGCGUGCGGUGCCUGCGCCUCUGGUUUGCUGGCUGGGUCUUUUUUCUGUGCCUUUGGCGUUUGCUACUGGUUCUGCUACUAGUUGCUUGCUGAUGCUAUUUUGCGCACACGAACAGGUGACACAUUUCCAGCAUGGAAAAGGCAAAGACGCCGGGCCGAAGAUGUUUACGACCCCGUUCCAACGAGGGCAUAUCCAUGUUCGUUGUCUUAAAAGCCAUAUUCAGCGGCAAAUGGGAUUCGGCGCCGCGGACGACCGACCAACCAGAGGCAACAAUUGCAACGAGUUUCCAACGCCAACGCUAGAAGCAGUGGCCGAACGAACCGACAGACUAAUCUGCCAGUCAUUCCGAUCAAGAGUCUCGACUCUUGCGGAUACUGAUUCAGAGAGUCUUCUCUUUCUGGGCCAUCCCGAAGACCUACGAACGUGUCUAGGUAUCUAUGCAGCCAUGGCAGAUACUACCCCAUGGGCCAUGAACCCAUAGGCAAUUGCUCCAAACCAUUUGCCGACCUGCAUGCGUUUCGAGAAGAACACCAUUGCACCCCCUGCCGCCCAUCGUGCCCAUCGUCUUGUCAAAAACGGGACAAGACCGACAAACCAUUUCUCACAUCGCUGACCUGGUUCCCCUCCACUACGUUGCA